AUGGUUGAGACAUACGGCAAGAAGCGCAAGAGGGUGGCCGACUCGGCUGCCACCUCAAAAAAAAAGGUCACUAUCGCUGGCCCUCCUGCGACCGUCAGCGUGUCGAAACUGGUGAUACCCAAGUCCUGCCCCCCAGUGAUCGCUAUGACUCCGGGAUUUGAACUUCCAAAUGACUUGGUUUUCCACCACUACGAGUCGAAAAGCGAGGCCCGAGCCAAGAGCAAACAGCCCAAGACCGCGAUGGAGAAGAAGCUGAUGUUGCAUUCGACGUCGCAUCACAGCAUCAACUAUACUGCCCGAGAGGAGGACUCCCAGCCCGGUUCUAAGCCACUACUGAACCAUUUCCUCGGCAUCUAUGACCCCAAGACUGGCAAGAUGGAGGUGGUGCAGGCGAAGAAGAUGGUGAUGCGCAGCACUGUACGGGCUAAACAGGCUUCCGCGGACGCUAUGGAGGAGAAGGGAGCGAAGCAGAGCAUGAUGGAUCUCAAGACUGACCUUGGUCAAACAUUCGGAACGAAGAAGGCGAAAAAGGCAAUCAACGAGCGUGUGCUCAACGCUAUUUCACCACAAAAGAAGACCGGCGACCAACCAGCUGAAAUCGACGAUGCAUCUCGCGCCAUGCUCCAAUCGGUUGGCAAGGUUGCUGCCGAAAUGGCAACUCGUGAGCAGCUCCAAGCUGUUGUCGACGAUGCCAAGCCUCUGCCGCCCGUCAACCUCAAUGCCGAAGCGAUCCAGGACGCCUACGACCCUAAGGUGGUCAUUGGCGCCGAUAUCCUCGACAUGGUGCCCAUCCGCGAAUGGCAAGAAAAGGUGCGCCACAAGGAGGGUGUGCAGACAGUCUCGCGCUUUGUCGCCUCGCGCGUCAACGCCAUUGCCAGCAACCCCGAGGGCGAAGAGCGCCUGCGCGUGUUGCGCUACUUGUCCUUUGUGGUUGCUUUUUACCUCAACACCAAGCCCGGCCGCCAAAAGGGCACGCGGUCCAUUCCGUCGCGCGAGAAGCUGCGCGAGGCGCUCGCCCCGGCCCCCGAGGCCGUCGUCGAAAACAUUCGGCGCAAGUUUUCCGAGGCGGGCGAAAUGCGCAAGUUUCACAUUGACCUGCUCAUGACGCACCUGUGCGUGUUUGCGUGCAUCACGGACAACUUUGAGGUUGACACGCAAGACUUGCGCCAUGACAUGCGCACCGACGACAAGACCAUGAACCAGUACUUUCGCGAAAUCGGCGCGCGCGUCAAGCCCGUCACGAAAAAGGCCGACGGCCAUGUGACGUCGGUUGCGCGACUGAUUCUUCCCCUCGACUUCCCCAAGCAGAGAUAUAUUGCGCCGCGCAAAAAGUAG